AUGCUUAUCGACCUCACACGCAUUGUCCCGAAGCCAGUCCUCUUCUACCAGGGUCUAGCAUUCACUCUCACUUUCCUCAUCUAUGUGAUGGUUCAUGCAAUGCGCAAGUCCAUUUCGAGUGCCGCGCCGUUAUUGAAAGCAGAAGAGUUCGGUUAUCCCACGGCGUUCUUCGGCGCGAUGGAUGUGGUUUUCAUGAUUUCCUACGCUAUCGCAAUGCUUUUUACUGGUAUACUAGGUGAUAUCUACAACCCGAUGUUAGUUGUCUUGCUAUUCGUUGUUCUGGCCGCAGCAGUUCAGUGUCUAUGUGGGAUUCUCAUGGUGCUCUAUACCUCCAAGGGUUUUCAUUAUUUGUACUACGUACUCAAUGGUCUCAAUGGUGCCGCUCAGUCUGCCAUUUGGCCAGUACUGGUGAAGAUUAUGGGGGACUACUUCGAUCAGUUACACUCAGGGUUGAUUUUUGGUUUCUGGGCAACCAACUCUGCGGUUGGAAACAUCGUCGGCUCGAGUUUGGCCUCACUUAUGAUUGUUAUUUUCGGUGGAACUGGUGAGGUUGUUAUCGCUUCGACUUUCAUUUCUCCAUGUUUGAUCGUGGUUAUCGUGACGUUGAUAUCUUUGUUUAUGCUCCCUUCUAGUAUAGAGAGUGUCCUUUCAAGUACAGGAAGUACAACUCGUGCGACGAUUACAAGCAGCGAUAGUGAUGAGAGUCACGUUAAUGCCGAUCUUCCUGCUAUGCGAGAUGAAGAGCAUCCUAUCAAGUUCUGGAGAGCGUGGCUUAUUCCUGGCGUAUUGAUAUUCGCUCUGACCUAUGCAUGUGUUAAGGGUGUAAACUACGCUAUGUUCUUCUGGCUACCACUUUACUUGAACGAACAUGCUGAUAUUCCUCCUGAGAAGGCCAACCUAUUCGAUAUGCUGUACAACAUAGGCACGGUAUUUGGUUGUAUCAUCUGCGGUUGGGUAUCAGAUUACAUGGCUAGGGUACAAGGAUCAGGAAGAUCUCCAUCACUCUUUUUCUUUAUUUUCUUGGCUUUGAUCCCAGUAUCUCUGCUGCAUGUUGACGACCCCACAGUUGUCUAUUUGAGCGUGAUGUUGCUCCUGGCAGGCUUCUUGAUUGGAGGUGCAUCGAAUCUUGUCGGUAGUGUGGUAUGCACCGAUAUUGGUCGUCAAGAUGCUCUCAAAGGUAACCGCAAAGCAGUGAGUCAAGUGACCGGUAUCAUCGAUGGCACUGGUGCAUGCGGAGCCGCUGUACAGCAGGGAUUAGUCUCAUGGAUAGCUACCUAUAGUUGGGACGGUGUUUUUAUAUUGCUACCUGUUUCUCUCGGACUCUCUUGCAUUCUUCUUGGGACACGAGCCUAUAAGGAGACUAAGGGAUUCCUGAAGGGGUUUAGGUCUCCCAGGCAGCAGAGAGUUCCCACCGAUGUAUCUAAGUGA